ACACAGAGAGGGUGAAGGUCACAGACAGACAAACAGAGAGACUGAGACAGGCGAACAAAGGGAGAAGCACCCAGAGAAGAGAAAGAGUGAGGAGGAAAGAGAAGAAGAAGCUUCUCCAACUGCAGGGAUGGCCACUGCAGUCAAUAACAGCACUGUCUACCCAACUACUGAAGCUACAGCGAUUCCAAACUCAACUACAGAAGGAAAUCACUCCAAUCGCUCAGGCUCCAACCUCCAAUUCUUGGUGAUCGUAGUCCUGGUGUUACUGAUCGCUGCUGCAGUUGGACUCAUUGUGUGGUUCAAGAGAAAAAAAAUGAAACACAGGAAAUCUUGGAUAAGUCAGAUAAAAUCAGGAGAGAACAUUCCAGAAGCAAGGAACAGAGUGUCACUGGUGAAAGUACUCCCUUCACCACGACAUUUGCAAAGCACACCUCGACAAACCAAUGAGUUACGUUCAUCACGCAUAGCACCAGGAACACAACCUGUACAGCCCGUGCAGUUCAGUGUGGAAGACCUCUCCUUACUCGAGGUUUUGAAGAUUGGGAAACAAGGGAAGUUCUAUCGAGCAAAAAUCACCCGGGGAAACUGCAAGGGCCAUCGGCUGGUCACCUGCAAGCUGACCAUGAGGGCUGUAUCCCGGCAGAAACUGCAGAUGGAGAUUGGCAUCAUGAACAAACUGGGCUAUCACAAGAAUAUCAUCCAGCUCUUGGAGUGGAACAUCUCACAGGAGCCCUACAUCCUGAUAAUGGAACAUGUGGGAAGUCGGAAUCUGAAAACCUUUUUACAGAAUAACAGGCCCCAGUUGUCCAGCUGUAAGGACCUGCAAACGCAGCUGACAUUAUCUGCCUAUUUCAUUUCACUGGGGAUGGAGCACAUUGCUUCAAAAAAGAUUGCCCACCGGGACUUGGCAGCAAGAAACAUUCUGGUGGGUCGAUUUCCACAAGAGUGCAAGAUUGCAGAGUUCAGUCUAGCUGCUGAUCUGUCCAACACAGGAGCCGUGAAGUGUAAGAAAGGAAGAGGGGUCCCAGGCAUUCCAUUCCGUUGGUAUCCACCAGAGUUCUUUACUGAUGGGAUUUACUCUUUGCACGGGGAUGUCUGGGCUUUUGGCAUUCUACUCUGGGAGUUGGAAACUUUGGGUAGUUCCCCAUACCCGGAGUUUGAGACAGCUGAGCAGGUAGUUCUGAAUGUUUGCUCUGGAUACAAAAUGAAGAAACCCUCACAGUGUCGAGAUGAGAUUUAUGAAGUGAUGGAUUUUUGUUGGAUAGAGAGACAUGAGGAGCGGCCAACAUUCUCUGACAUCACGAAGUAUUUGGAGGACUUAGUUGAGAAUGACGCAGAUUACAUUCAGGUGGAAGACUGUAUUGAGGAACGUGAGCUGGUUAACUCUACCCCAUGGACCAUACCUCAGUCUGCCUCUGUCCAAAACACCUACGUCAGGGGCUGGUUUGAUUCAGUGUGAAACAGCACUGCAUAUGUUGGGGAAAGAUUGACAAAUGAUCGCAUCAUUAAAUCCUUGACACUUUAGUGUGAGAGUCUGGAACUAAUCUGAAUUGAGUGCUAUUCUCUGAAGAUAGUCAUGUGUCCUCAGAGCCCGGGAUGCUGGUGUGUCCAUCUGGUCCAUGAGCCUUAGGAUUGAGAUCAUUGUCUGAGAGCGGAAGAGAACAGAAGAAAUAACUCCAGGAGACGGCCAUCUGACCCCCCCCCAGUCAUUUCUGCCAUUCAAUCCACAUUAGGUCUUGCCUUACGUUUGCUGCCUAUCCCUCAGUGAUCUUGACUCCCUUGUCAAUGAAUGAUCUAUCUAAUUCUGUCUUGAAUUAAUUCAAAGAGCCAGCCUGUUCUGCCCUCUGACAGAGCACAUGCCAAAGUCUGGAGGCUCUCUGAAAGGAGAACUACUUCUUCAUCAUCUCAUCUGGGAGAUCCCUCACACUGGAGCUGUUUCCCACCCCUCCCAUCCUGUUCUCUACUCCCCCCAAGAGGGAAAGCAUCCCUCACAAUGGCAUACAUUUCAAUAAGGUCAGCUCUCAUUUUUCUCAACUCCAAUUACUCCAAGCCCAACCUAGUCAAAAUGUGGCUC